ACUGCUUAUUUGGCUUCGGUGUGAAGAGUAUAAACGACCGACAUUUUUCUCAUCUUACGAAUCAUGGCUGCUCUUUCCCCUCCUGAUCACGAUGCUUGCAAUCUCAAGAAGACACGAAGGAACUAUGAAGGAAGAAGGAGCGGAGGCAACUGGGCAAUGGUCAUCCAUUUCAGGCGGAACCUCUUCUCGUUAGUGAUCGUUGUGGCUCUUUUCAUGUCCGUGGUUGACGGCCAAUAUGAUUUUCCGCAGGAAGGACCGCCUCCGCCCCCUCCGGAUUGGUCUGCUCCGCCGCCUGAGGAAUAUGUACCGCCUCCCCAGCCUCCGGAUUGGUCUGCUCCGCCACCUGAGGAAUAUGUACUGCCUCCCCAGCCUUCGGAUUGGCCUUUUCCAUCGCCUGAGGAAUAUGUACCGCCUCCCCCGCCUCCGGAUUGGCCUUUUCGGUCGCCUGAGCAAUAUGUACUGCCUCCCCCACCUUCACCACCAGACCCCCCAGUCCACCUCGGCACCAUAGUAGGCUCCGUCGUAGGCGCUGUUCCAGUGAUUGCAUUAAUCGGAGUCGCCGUCAUGUUAAAGUACAAGCAGAAGAUAGCAGAAGGAGAUCAAGAGCAACCAGCUCCAGCAGCGCCAGCAAAUGUAGGCAACCGAAGUGCUGUAGAAGAAACAACUUCACCGGCUAAAGAAUCAGGAAGCCAUGCAACUAGCGAAGUGUCAAGUAAUAGAACAACCGACGGAACGAUGCUAGUGGCUGCAGCUGAAUGUCACUUUACCGACAGUCGUAUCCGGAGCAUUACCAAAAACUUAGGUCUGGUCAUCUAG